AUGUGGGAUGUUGAAGAUGGUGAUGUAUGGCUACUCGAUAGAUUCAACUCUGAGCCAGAUGAUGUGCUGAUAAAAAUUGCAGUUGUGUUAUGGGGCAUAUGGUUCGCAAGAAACAAAAGAAUUUUUGAAAACACAAACCUCACACCAGCUAUGGCUAUGAACUGGAGUAAGAUACAAGUAGAGGAAUGGAGACAGGCGAACAAAAAGCUUCAAGUUGACACAGAUCCUUUGUCAUCUUCAGCGAGAGCAGAUAUAAAGUGGAAGCCUCCUAGUCAUGGUGUUUUUAAAGUGAAUGUCGAUGCAGCAGUGACGGAAGGGCGGGAUUUUUUUGCAGUUGGCAUGGUGCUUCGCAACAAUCAGGGUCAGUUCUUGGCAGGAAGGGUCAUGAGAUUUGCAGGUCAUGUUCCAGUAGUGGAGGCAGAGAUGGUAGGUGUUAUCGAAGCUAUAUCCUGGGCAAACCAACUUCAAAUUCCUUCGGUGAUUGUUGAAACUGAUUCUCAGCUCUGUGCUAAUGCAAUAAAAGGAGAGAACAGCAAUAACAAUCUUCUCGAGAUUGGAAACUUGAUUCAACAAUGUAAGGCUUUGAUCAGGAGUAGCAGUAGGGUGUUAGUAGAUUUUGUAAGAAAGCAAGCUAACAGGGUGGCACAUCAAAUUGCCAAGAUUCCUUGUAUGCUUAAUGGCUUCUCGGAUUUCACGUCUCCUCCAUCAUGUUUGUUGGAGACAAUUAUGUCGGAUUUUUCAUUGAUUAAUUGA